AUGGCUAUGGCUGCUACCCGUUUUUUAAUUCGAACUGCAACAGCAAGUCGUAAUCCUGUUUUUAGACUAAUGUCGGCACGUACACAAGCUACAUCAGCUGCACCAGCAUCAGGAUCAGCGGCAGAUAUGCUUUUUACAUUUGCUUCACCAUCUGAAGUUUUUUAUACUCAAGCAAAGAAUGUUCGUCAAAUUGAUGUUCCUACAAUGAGUGGUAAUAUGGGUAUUCUUGCUCAUCAUGUACCAAUUCUUGGUGUACUUAAACCAGGUGUUGUCUCGGUCUUUGAAUUAGAUGGAAAUACAAAACGAUUUUUCGUAAGUAGUGGUUCAAUCGCAGUUCAUCCAGAUUCAACAGUUCAAUUAUUAGCUGAAGAAGCAACAGCUAUUGAAAAUAUUGAUUCUAAAGCUGCACACGAUGCUCUAUCUGAAGCUCAACGUCGAUUAGGAGCAGCUAAAGACGAGAAGCAAAAAGCUGAAGCACAAAUUGAAAUUGAUUGUGCUGAAGCUGCUAUUAAAGCUGCGUCUGGUGUUUAUCAAUAA